AAUAUUAUUUUGCAGUUCUUAACAUUUGCUUGAUUUUUGCAAAUGUGUGUUGAAAUAUGUGUGAAUGUUUAAGAUAUUGUUUGCGUAUUGAUUGAAGCUUGAUUUAACACAAAAUGAAAAAAAAGAUAAAUUAAAAUCUUACUUGGUCAGUUGGGGUUACUACUAGGGGUUUAUUUAUUAGCGAGCAACGCUAGCGAACAGACGUCUAAACGGUAAAAUUUUCUUUAAACAAAUAUUCAAAUAUAAUAAGAAAUUCUCUAAACAUAAUCAAAACAAAGUUAUCAAAUAAAUAAAAGUGUUAAAAAAGUAAUCGAUUAAAUAAAUUAAAGAAGAAAACGAAAAAGCGUUUGGAUUAGAAAAAAAAACUACUAACUAUUUUUGCAAGAAAAAAAAAUUAUUAGAAAAUAAAAAUAAUUUGUGUGUAAAUAUUAUAUGUAAAACAUUUAAGAAAUAUGAAAGAAUUUGGUAAAUUUUUUUCUCGACGCUAUAGUGCCGUCAAUUGUGAAGACAAUAAUACCCAUCAACAAGUAACAGUUGUAGCCGGUCUACAAAAUGUUACGACCAACACUCAACUGGAAAGACAUAAAAGUCUACAGGCUCAACGCUCUAUGAAUCCUGCUGGCAUUUUAAAAUCAUUUUUUAAUGAGCGCAAAAAGAAUCAUAGAGCACGAUCACCUACUUGUGCAUUUCUACUAUUAGCUGUGGGUAUUUUAGCCAUAUGUACUGCAGUUUUAGUAAAAAUCUUUCAUCCUUAUGAUUUGAUAUUCAAUUGGAAACUUGUUAUGGCGGAAAAUGGUGAAAUUUUCAAUUUAUGGGCUAAACCUCCAGUGGAUUUAUAUAUAAAAGUCUAUUUAUUUAAUAUAACCAAUGCUGAGGCUUUUCUGGCUGGUCGUGAAAAAAUGAAUGUCGAACAAGUGGGUCCUUAUGUUUACAAAGAACUUAUGACUCAUGAAAAUAUUACAUUUAACGACAACAAUACUAUUUCCACCAAUCCAAGUCAUCCUUUGGUGUGGCAAGAACAUUUAUCAGAAGGCCGGCGAGAAGACGAUGAAGUUGUAAUGGUUAAUAUUGCCAUGUUGGCCAUAUCACAUCUAACAGCUGACAAAUCAUUUUUUGUACGUAUUGGUUUAAAUAGUCUCUUUAUGACACAAAAUUCACAGCCCAUUGUGCGCAUGACCGCUCGAGAGUUUAUGUUUGGUUAUGCCACCACCUUAACGACAUUGGGUAAUAAAUUCUUACCAAAUUGGAUACAUUUCGAUAAAGUGGGCCUUAUAGAUAGAAUGUAUGAUUUUGAUAAUGAUUUUGAAACCUUUCAUACUGGUGUGCCUAAUGCAAAUGUUUCUGGUCUUUAUGCUACCUAUAUGGGUAAAAAGGAUUUGACCCAUUGGAAGGGAGAUCAUUGCAGUAAUAUUGAAAUGGCUUCGGAUGGUGUCAAAUUUCCCAGUUUUAUACAGCCCAAUGAUUCUAUAAAAUUCUUCCGCAAAAGCAUGUGUCGUCCUAUUAAUUUGCAUAGAAGCGGUGAGGAACGCGUUAGUGUGGGCAGUUUGUCUGGCUACAAAUAUAUCUUUGAGGAAAAUGCUUUAGAUAAUGGACGCAUUAAUCCCGAAAACAAAUGCUUCUGUCGACAUGGCUAUUGUCAACCUCAUGGUUUAAUUGACGUCACUGAUUGUUAUUAUGGAUUUCCCAUUUCAUUGAGUUUACCACAUUUUAUGGAUGCUGAUCCUGGCCUACAGGAAAAUGUAACUGGUUUGACACCCGAUAAGGAGAAACAUUCAUCGGAAUUUAUAGUACAACCGGAAUCUGGUUUACCUUUAUCCUUAUCGGUUAAAGUACAAAUCAAUAUGCAUUUCCGUGAUUUGUCUGCCUAUAGCCGUGUUAAACGUUUCAGUCACUUAACCGUGCCCAUGCUAUGGUUUGAAAUUAUGAUGCCUAAAUUACCCGAAAGUCUAGACAAUAGAUUCAACUUUUAUUUGAAUUAUUUGCCCUACAUUGAACCCUUAGGCUUUUGGGGUGGACUUUUAGCUGGUUUAACUUUACUCAUUUAUGCCAUAACAAGAGCUACCCUAAAAAUGUCUUCAUUGGCGAAAAAAUCUCACCUCUUGGAGUUGAAUUAUGGUCGUGCCAAUUUAAUACAGGCCAAUCAGAAUGGCGUCUACAAACCUUGUGAAUUGAAAUUGUUGGAGAAGAAUGAAAAAUCCAACAUCAUUCUGAGUAAUGCCAAUGAAACCAGUAAUUUGUAUACAGAACUACAACCUACAUACAAAAAACAGCCCAAUAAUUUACACGCUAAAAGAGGUUCAUUUGCUUUGGAACUAGAGCCCGCACUCGGAUCCAGCUCAGAUUCUAGUUCCUGUGAUGAGGGCAAUGAUAGUGAUACUGCCACAUUGACUCUAAGUCGCAAUUCCUCUUCGUCGUGUUGUCAAGGCAAUAAUAAUUGCUGCGUCGAUGAACUCAAGACAGACAACAGUUCAAAUUCCAAUACAACAAGCGAUGAAGAUGACGAUAAUGAUGACGUCGAAGAACAACAACAGAUUGCUCUUAGCACAAAUAGUAGCGGCUAUAGAACCUCAACAUCGGAAUCAAUGAAUUCAAUGGUUACACCCAAUCUAAACACACCAAUGAUAAUAACCGCAACUAGUAUUCAAAAAUAAAAGAACUGGUUACAGUUACUAAAUUGUUGAUUAGUUGAAUAUAAACAAAUUCAAUUAAUUUUCACAAAAACAUCUUAUACCAUCUACAACAUAUCUAAGUAUAAGACUUUAUUUUAAAACUAAAAAAAUAAGGUUUAUUUAUACCUGAAGAAGAUACACGCCAACAUUUCAUCCAAUCAUUCAUACAUACAAACAUACAUAUAUCAUUGAAUCAAA